AUGGGAGAAUCAAGACAGGAGCUCGUGGCAUGGCUUAACAACCUGCUACAACUUAAUAUCACAAAAGUUGAACAAUGUGGAACUGGUGCUGCUCUCUGCCAAGUAUUCGACAGUAUCUUCCUCGAUGUACCGAUGUCAAAAGUCAAGUUCAACGUAAAUACCGAAUAUGCAUACCUACAAAAUUUCAAAAUUCUUCAAAACACCUUUACCCGUCAUCAAAUUGAUCGAAGCAUCCAUGUCGAACAACUUGUUAAAUGUAAGAUGCAAGACAAUCUCGAGUUUUUACAAUGGUCCAAGAGAUACUGGGAUCAAUACUUUCCGGGAGGUGAAUAUGAUGCUGUAGCUCGUCGACGUGCCGCUGGAGGACCCGGUGCCGCCCCUUCGGCUGCGCCGAAAACAUCCGCUGGGACUGGAGCAGCUCGAAGAGGAGUAACACCAACGACGAGCGGCGCACGAGUUGCUAAGCCCGGAGGAGUUGCUGGUGGUGCAGCUUCAGCAGCAUUAAAGGCAGAGAAUGAUACUUUGAAGGAGACCGUUGCAGGGCUAGAACGUGAACGAGAUUUCUACUUCAGCAAACUCAGAGAUAUCGAAUUACUGGUUCAACAAGCAUGUGAAGAGGACCCCGAGAUUGAGAAGCAGGAAGACGGUUUAAUCAAGCACAUUCAGACUAUCUUGUACUCAACUGAAGAUGGAUUUGAAAUACCGGCCGAGGCGGAGGUUGAUGAUCAAGAAGAGACAUUCUAG